GUGACCUCGUCGCUCUUCUCAUCUCUCAGACUUUCCGCUUGCUCGCAGAUCCAUCUUCACUAUAAUCGAUCAUGAGUUUCUGGGGUUCGCAAUAUGACCAGACGGGGGCGCAGCCAUUUAUAGACGAGGAAGACCAGUUUGCGCUGUACGGCCUUCCCAACUUUGUGUCCGAAGAAGACAAGUUCAGCGGCGGCCAGAGACAGGUGGAUGAACAUCUCUUCAAGCUGAAAACAUAUCUGAGAUUGCGGGGCGGACCUCUAUACAAAAAAGUUGGUACGAGCAGGGUUGGUCCUACAAUGAAAGGCGCUGCCAAAAGCAGCUGGACGGGCAUUGUUGGCGAUGUGCGUCCAGGACAGGCCUCAUCGAGUAUGAAUGAAUUCGAUUCGACACUGGGCAAGUUCGCCAAGUAUAUGGGCGGGGAAUAUUUACCAAGUCCAGAUUCUUCUAUGCUACGCCAGGAUGACUUUAGAAAAAAAGGCUCUUCAGCAUCGGAAAUUCCUGGGUCUAAAGCGGGCGUGUUUGAUAUCGAGGACGACGAUUCGCUAGACGAGUACAACGCCAAUUUUUUCGAAGUUCGUGCAAAAUGUGAUCCUGCGUCUGUCUUAGCUCUUGAAAGACAAUAUUUUCCAGGGCUAAGCGCAGAUAUCAAGCAGAUUAUCAAGGACAAGCUGCAAGUUGAUAUCAACAACGCACGAAUGAAUUUGCAAGCCAAGAUGCUCAUCGCCAGAAAGGCAGACGCUAUCCUAAGAACGGCGCGCUAUGAGAAGCCGGGACAAGAGGACGAAGAGGAUAUAAGCUUGGACCUCGAUUAGGAUAGAGUGAUCUAUACAGGAGUUUUUGAAAGGGAGGACAAUCAAUGCGGGAGUAUUUCAGCAGGCGCGACGUGAUACUUACACGAUAAAUAUAUGACCUUUACAUGCAUUUCAUUCAAUCUAUCUUUUUUACA